AUUAGACUUUGUGGACUCUACUAUACUUCGUGAACCGCUCAAAAUGCGGGUUCAAACAGUCAUUGCCUCUGUCUUCCUCGGCGUCGGCAUAGCCACAGCGGCAGAAACUUGUGAUAACAGCUAUUCUGAAAAGGACUGUAACUGGGAAGGCACUGCUCUGUUCUGUGGUGCCAUCUGGCUCUCGAGCUCACAGGCAAGAUUAGCCUGGAAUGUUAUGAAAUCUAUGGAUCCGGCUGUGUGACUGGUUGGAAAAACUUGUAGUGCCCGUUUAUGACUUUCUGAUAUCCUCCAAACCUCAUGUUCUAUUAACUAAUAUUCUACAGCCAGCUAGGAUGAAGGGCUUGGAGGUUAUAUAUUGAUUAGUGAUUUGUGAUUUGGGCGGCUUGCAUUACUCUAUUUCUUGGAUAUAAUUUGAUAUAGCGGAU